CGGCGCGCGUGCGCACGGCCGCGCGCCCUGAGCCGCGGAGUCUCCAGCGCCGCUCAGCAGAUCCCACUCUCUCCGGCGCCGCUACUCACACAGGCUUCCAGCCGCCACUGGGCGUCCUCUGUCUGCGGUAGCGCAGCCGAGGCGGCGGUGGGAAAGGUAGCUGCAGCCCGGCGCGGUCUCAGAGCUCCGUGCCCUGGACCGAGUCCGGGGAGAAGCGGAGAAGGAGGACGCAGAGGCGAGAAGGAGCCGCGCCGCGCCCGGGUCCGCGCGGCUGGCUGCCUCCGUACCGGUACCGCGGCCCCAGAAACCUUGUCAGUGGAAAACAAACAGCAACUGAUGCAAGCUAAUGUUGACAACUUUAUAGUUCCCUCAUAAUGAUUCACAUGGAGAUUGUCACAUUUGUGUGAAGUUGAGGGGAGCAUCUUGGGAGUCUUUCACAUUCAGACAUGAGGUCCUUUGCAGCCAGCAUGAUGCCAUCCUUAUAAACCGUGGAGGAGAGAGCGCUCACCAUGUUCAGCUGCGCGACCAGCCCCAGAGAGGCAGUGUGUCUCUGAGUCACCUGAGCUCCAUGCUGCUGCCUUCCUGCUGUCCAUCCACCUCUCUUCACCUCUGACCAUCUUCCUAGUGUCUGCAGGCCCUUCUGGGACGACUAUCUCAAAGGGAAGUGCCUCUCAGAAGCAUCUGGCAUGUCAGAGCUACAGUGUCUUCCAUGAGCCUUCCUUUGUGAACAGCUUCCAUUUAAAAGAGUUGUGUGAAUACCUUGUUUCAGUCAAGUUCCCAAAGAACACAUUUGUCUUCUGAUCUGCUGGAGGUCUUAAGGAAGCUACUAGAGAAUGAGCUCCACAAAAAUGAGGAUGUAAACCAAGAAAGAGGAAACCAUGGGAUCCAGGAAGCGGGGGACCCAACACAGGCGAGAGGCACAGGGAUUUCGCAAGAUGGUGUUAAAAAGAAGCCCCAGGACAACAGAACCCGAUGAUCUCCGUGGGGACCCUGCACUCAGCCGUCAAAGCACUCCCGCCCCUCAGGAUGCUCGUAAUUCAAUAGUAGAUGCAGGCGGCGGCGUUGAAAGCAUCACACAGUGUCCCCAGCAGCUUCCUCAGAUGAUGGCUGCAGCAGCCGAUGGUUUGGGGAGUCUCGCGAUCGACACGACCCAGCUGAACAUGUCAGUGACGGACCCCACUGCCUGGGCCACCGCUAUGAAUAACUUGGGCAUGGUUCCCGUGGGGUUGCCUGGACAGCAGCUCGUGUCGGACUCAAUCUGUGUACCAGGCUUUGAUCCAGGCCUCAACAUGAUGACGGGGAUCACCCCUAUUAACCCAAUGAUACCAGGCCUGGGGCUGGUACCUCCCCCGCCAACAGAAGUGGCUGUCGUCAAAGAAAUAAUCCACUGCAAAAGCUGUACUCUUUUCCCCCAAAACCCAAAUCUUCCACCUCCCUCCACAAGAGAACGACCUCCCGGGUGUAAGACCGUGUUUGUCGGAGGAUUACCAGAAAACGCCACUGAGGAAAUCAUCCAAGAAGUCUUUGAGCAGUGCGGUGACAUCACAGCGAUUCGGAAAAGCAAGAAGAAUUUUUGUCACAUUCGCUUUGCCGAGGAGUUCAUGGUUGAUAAAGCCAUUUACCUUUCUGGUUACCGGAUGCGCUUAGGGUCUAGCACGGACAAAAAGGACUCAGGCCGGCUGCACGUGGACUUCGCCCAGGCCCGGGACGACUUCUACGAGUGGGAGUGCAAGCAGAGAAUGCGCGCCCGCGAGGAGCGGCACCGGCGCAAGCUGGAGGAGGACCGGCUGCGGCCGCCCUCGCCGCCGCCCAUCAUGCACUACUCGGAGCACGAGGCCGCGCUCUUGGCCGAGAAGCUGAAAGACGAUAGCAAGUUUUCAGAGGCCAUCACAGUGCUGCUGUCCUGGAUUGAGCGAGGGGAAGUAAACCGGCGGUCUGCAAACCAGUUCUAUUCCAUGGUGCAGUCGGCCAACAGCCACGUCCGCCGGCUGAUGAACGAGAAAGCCACCCAUGAGCAGGAGAUGGAGGAGGCCAAGGAGAAUUUCAAAAAUGCCUUAACCGGGAUCCUCACUCAAUUUGAGCAGAUUGUGGCCGUUUUCAACGCUUCUACCAGACAAAAAGCUUGGGACCAUUUCUCGAAAGCUCAGCGCAAGAACAUAGACAUUUGGCGAAAGCAUUCUGAGGAGCUCCGGAACGCUCAGAGUGAGCAGCUUAUGGGCAUCCGCCGAGAAGAAGAGAUGGAAAUGUCGGAUGAUGAGAACUGUGACAGCCCUACUAAAAAAAUGAGAGUUGAUGAAUCAGCCCUGGCCGCCCAGGCCUACGCGCUUAAAGAAGAGAACGACAGCCUCCGGUGGCAGCUGGACGCCUACAGGAACGAAGUGGAGCUGCUGAAGCAGGAGAAAGAGCAGCUGUUUCGAACGGAAGAAAACCUGACCAAGGACCAGCAGGUGCAGUUCCUGCAGCAGACCAUGCAAGGCAUGCAACAGCAAUUGCUGACCAUCCAGGAGGAGUUAAACAACAAAAAGUCAGAAUUGGAGCAAGCAAAGGAAGAGCAGUCACACACACAAGCAUUACUCAAAGUCCUCCAGGAACAAUUGAAGGGUACCAAGGAGUUGGUCGAGACCAAUGGCCACAGCCAUGAGGACACAAAUGAAAUUAAUGUGUUGACAGUCGCAUUGGUCAACCAAGACCGAGAGAACAAUAUUGAGAAAAGAAGCCCAGGCUUAAAAUCAGAGAAAGAAGCUCUGCUAAUCGGCAUCAUAUCAACGUUUCUUCACGUCCACCCUUUUGGAGCCAAUAUAGAAUAUCUCUGGUCAUACAUGCAGCAGCUGGACUCCAAGAUAUCUGCAAACGAAAUCGAAAUGCUUUUGAUGAGGUUGCCACGCAUGUUUAAACAGGAAUUCACAGGCGUGGGAGCAACGCUGGAAAAAAGGUGGAAGUUGUGUGCCUUUGAAGGAAUUAAAACUACCUAACUGUGAAGAGCAGCAAAGUCUCCGGAUAUGAAACCGCCUGAACCCAGCCAGGGCUGUGCAGCGUGAGCCCAAGAGGUUUGGGGCUGGUCCAGCGCAGGACCUUUAUGGAGCCAUCAGAGCCUGACUUUAGUUGCAUCUGUGGCGUUCUCUUGUGAGUGGAAAUGUAAUUGUGUACCAGUUCCCUAAAACCAACAAAGCUUCAUACUGUGACAGAUCUGUUUGCUAUGAAAACCAACGAUUCCACAGUCAUGAUGGCAAAAACCUUAAAAUAUGCUACAUUUGAGAAUAGCUCACCAAGUAAAAUAUUUAAAGUUAAUGAUGGUGUGGCAAUGGUUGUUGCUAGGCUACAGAGUUGUUGUAUAUGUAAUCUAUAGCUGAAAUCAUUCAAUGACAUUUUCCUGAAAGUCUUUCUGUUUUAGUAAAGAAAAAAAAAAAAGGAGAGAGAAAAAAAAAGUAAUUUUACAGUGAGGAAAAAAAAAAUCAUACCAAAAGAAAACUUGAAUAUGUGUCU